AUGCGUGAAAUUUGUCACUUGCAAGCAGGUCAAUGCGGAAAUCAAAUUGGUGCAAAAUUCUGGGAAGUCAUAUCCGAUGAGCACGGUAUCGAUCCAACAGGGUCAUAUCACGGCGAUUCUGAUUUACAAUUAGAACGCAUCAACGUCUAUUACACCGAAGCACUCGGCGGCAAGUAUGUUCCUCGAGCAGUUCUUGUGGAUUUGGAACCCGGUACCAUGGACUCUGUCAGGUCAGGCCCAUUUGGUCAAUUAUUUCGACCGGAUAAUUUUGUUUUUGGACAAUCCGGAGCAGGCAAUAAUUGGGCCAAAGGACAUUACACAGAAGGCGCUGAGCUAGUAGAUUCAGUGCUCGACGUAGUUAGGAAAGAAGCAGAGAGUUGCGACUGUCUACAAGGAUUCCAAUUGACCCAUUCGUUGGGUGGUGGAACUGGAUCUGGUAUGGGCACACUUUUGAUAUCGAAAAUUCGCGAAGAAUAUCCAGACCGUAUUAUGACCACAUACAGUGUCGUACCUUCACCAAAGGUAUCCGACACGGUCGUAGAGCCAUACAAUUCUACACUGUCGGUGCACCAGCUAGUGGAGAACACGGACGAGACUUUUUGCAUCGACAACGAGGCACUGUACGAUAUCUGCUUCCGGACGCUGAAGCUCACAACGCCCACGUACGGCGAUCUGAAUCACCUGGUGUCGGCGGCCAUGUGUGGCGUGACCACUUGCUUCCGGUUCCCCGGGCAGCUCAACUCGGAUCUCCGGAAGCUGGCCGUCAACAUGGUGCCGUUCCCGCGUCUGCACUUCUUCAUCACCGGCUUCGCGCCGCUGACGUCCCGAGGCAGCCAACAGUACCGUGCCCUCACCGUGCCCGAACUGGUCCAGCAGAUGUUCGACGCGAAGAACAUGAUGGCCGCGUGUGACCCCCGACACGGCCGGUACCUGACCGCCGCCAGCAUAUUCCGGGGCCGCAUGUCCAUGAAGGAGGUGGACGAGCAGAUGCUCAACGUGCAGACCAAGAACUCCAGCUACUUCGUCGAGUGGAUACCCAACAACACCAAGACAGCCGUGUGUGACAUACCACCCAGGGGCCUAAAGAUGUCGGCCACGUUUAUCGGCAACACGACCGCCAUCCAGGAGAUGUUCAAGCGCGUGUCCGAACAGUUCACGUCUAUGUUCCGGCGCAAGGCGUUUUUGCAUUGGUACACCGGUGAAGGCAUGGACGAGAUGGAGUUCACCGAGGCCGAGUCCAACAUGAAUGACCUGGUGUCUGAGUACCAACAGUACCAGGAGGCAACCGUUGACGAGAACGGCGACGAGGACGAGGACGAAGAUGCCGACGCGUAGUCCGGCCUAAUUCCAUGAGACAGAUUAGAGGCUAUAAUUUUUACACGUUUGUUGUAUUUUUUUUAUUACCAAAUUUAAAUUAUAACGACUUAACAAAAUAAAAAAUCAUUCCAUUACGAUCGAUAUAUUGUUUUAAUAUUGAAGAUACCUUAUUAAUACCACUUAAUUUACAAACAAAUUUAAGUAUCGUUGGGUGUUCGAUUAACAAUCGUUCUGGCCGUUCAUUUAAUGAUGGAAUGAUAUGAGAUUUAAUUAAUAAUGAAUAAUAACAUACUUCUGUUACGGAGUUUAAAAAUUAUUAUAAAUAAUCAAGUCAAAAAAUAGUGGAAAAUGACUAUACAAAUCGUAUAUUAGUCAGCCCCUUCCCCCAGAAAAUAAAAUUAUACAAGUGUUAUGAAACCGUGGUUCCAACACAAAUAAAUUUAACGCACGAUUAGUUAUUAAUAAUAUAGAUUUUAUUACUGGUUGUUAAAUUCACUAAAUGUACAUAAGUAUAAAAAAGGCUCUGGUUAACAUACGUUAUGUAUAAUGCUCUGUUCUAAACACGACUGACUAACCUCCUCCCUGUGUGUCGGCCUGCGACCCAGCCGGACGCC